AUGUUGAUGCAGAGUCAACUCGACCCUUUACCCCGCGACUUGCCUUUUCGCAUCGUGUCGGAGACUAUUGGGAGAGGAGCUUAUGCAUCAAUCAAAAAAGCUAUCCCUCCCAAGGCAACCAAUCCUGUGUUCGCCGUAAAGUUCAUCCAUAAAGCAUACGCAGUUAAACAUGGCCGCAUAUCGGCAAAACAACUUGCUAUGGAGGUGUCGCUACAUUCCCAUAUUGGACAGCAUCCAAAUAUCAUAGAGUGGUUUGCUACUGGCGAAGAUCAGAUUUGGAAAUGGAUUGCAAUGGAGUAUGCAGAAGGCGGAGAUCUUUUCGACAAGAUUGAAGCAGAUGUUGGCGUGAGCGAGGAUAUAGCACACUUUUACUUUUCACAAAUGAUAAGUGCUGUGAGCUACAUGCACUCCAAGGGGGUUGGACAUCGAGACAUAAAGCCCGAAAAUAUACUGCUGUCAGACACCGGCAAUUUGAAGAUUGCGGAUUUUGGCCUUGCGACACUCUUUGAAUAUAAUGGGAAGACUAAGCUCAGCACCACAAUGUGUGGCAGUCCUCCGUAUAUCGCCCCGGAAGUUAUCACAUGUUCAAGGAGCACACAGUCGAGGAAUGCGCCAAAGUCACCAGGCUACUCUGCGAAUCUGGCCGAUAUUUGGUCUUGCGGUGUGGUCUUGUUCGUUUUACUUGUUGGAAAUACGCCGUGGGACGAGCCUACAGCUGCCAGCUGGGAAUUCGAAGAAUACAAUGGCAAAAGGGGCCAUAGUACAGAUGAUCUCUGGCAAAGGCUACCAAAAUCGGUGCUUUCCUUGCUACGUGGAAUGAUGAACACAGAGACAAGCCAACGAUUUAGCUUCCAGCAAAUCAAGGCGCACCCAUGGUACACGAGGAAGAAUGCUCUUUUGACACCAGAUGGAAAGAUCACAGACCAGCUGUCUCUGGCCACACGAAUGCUUGAAGGUUUACACAUCGAUUUCAGCCAGCAGCCUGUUGCUUCACAAAGAUUGAGCCAAAAUCAAGAUGCGAUGGACGUGGAUUCUAACCAGCCGCCUCGGUUUUCGUUUACGCAACCUGAAGCACCUAUACAUGAUGUCACUUUCGAUUUUGAACGCCCACCACGGGCGAAUCUUGCGAGUUUCAGCGCAAGCCAGCCAAUCAACAGUAAAACUGCACGACCUUUAUCAGGUAACGCAUUCGAUUCGCUCGCGGACGAGCCAUCGAUGAGCCAAUUCGCGCCCACCCCAUCAGUACCCUUCAGCCUGACACAACACGCUCGUCGCUUUCGAGAUAUCGUACCUAAUUAUUCUCUCACUCGUUUCUUCUCACAUCUCUCCUCGAAUCUACUUCUGCAACUUAUCAGCGAUGCACUACACCAACUUAAUGUUCCUGUUCCGCCGGUAACUCAAAUGCAGCUUCAAAAUCAUGCCGGAUGGAUCAAAGUGAAGACAAUCGACGGAAGGCAUUGUAGUUUACAUGGCGACAUUGUGGUAGAUACUUACGUCACAGGGGAAGUUGAGCUAUUCGAGGUGCGGUUUGUAAAGAUCAAGGGCGAUCCGUUGGAGUGGAGAAGAUUCUUUAAGGAUGUAGUCAUUCUAUGUAAGGAUGGCGUCUAUAUUCCUGGUGGCUCUUGA